CUCUGCGCCUUUUCUCCGGCUCGGUGAUCUGCGGCUAGACUCGCAUCCCGGCGGCCUUUGCGCGAGCAAAAUGGCAGCCCCCGUACCUCGGGGCUUGUCCUCCUUAUCCAGGACCUUGGGAUGGUGGUCUCGGCAGGUGGGUAGGAAUGAAGCGAAUGAAAUUUGGGGGACAGAAACUGGUAUAUUUGAUCCCUAUGUUCCACCAGAGGGUGAUGCUCGAAUGUCAUCUCUUUCAAAGGAAGGACUGACGCAGAGAACUGAGCGGUUGAGAAAGAAUGUGGCAUCACAGCUGGCAAUUCGAAAAAUAAAAGAAUUUGAUGCUAAUUUUAAAACGAAAGACUUCCCUGAAAAAGCUAAGGAUAUUUUCAUUGAAGCUCACCUUUGUCUAAACAACUCAGACCAUGACCGGCUUCAUACCUUGGUAACGGAGCACUGUUUUCCGGACAUGGUCUGGGACCUCAAGUACAAGACUGUGCGCUGGAGCUUUGUGGAAUCCCUAGAGCCGGCCCAAGUGGUUCAUGUCCGUUGCUCAGGCCUGGUGAACCAGAGCAACAUGUAUGGCCAGGUCACCGUGCGCCUGCACACUCGGCAGACUUUGGCCAUUUAUGAUCGGUUUGGCAGAUUGAUGUAUGGACAGGAAGAUAUGCCCAAGGAUGUCCUGGAGUAUGUGGUGUUUGAAAGGCACUUGAUGAACCCGUAUGGGAGCUGGAGAAUGCAUGCCAAGAUUGUGCCCCCGUGGGCACCCCCUAAGCAGCCUAUCCUCAAGACCUUGAUGAUUCCUGGUCCUCAGCUGAAACCCUGGGAGGAGUACGAAGAGACACAGGGGGAGGCCCAGAAGCCUCAGUUAGCCUGAUGGUGUGAUUGACUCCCAAGGAGCCUAGCAGUGGUGGUGAACACCUUUAACCCCAGCGAAGGCAGAGGCAGGUGGAUUUCUGUGAAUUCAAGGCCAGCCUGGUC